AUGGAGAGGGACUUAUCUGGUGUGUUCUCUCAUCCUCUAUCUCCUCCCCCGUACUCCUCUCUCCAUCUCACCUCUCACCAGGUGUACGAGCGAGGAACCAACGUGGAGCAAUUUGUUACCCGCUUCCUGUUGAAGGAAUCAGCCAAUCAGAUCCAUUCUCUGCUGAACUCGGUGGAGAGUGCUGUGGACGCUAUUGACGAGCAGCACUGUAGCCAAUCAGGGUGAGUUGUGGAGUGAGGAGGACACCACUGCUGUGUCAUGUCUUUAUGUGUGUGAAAUUUAGCCUGGCAGUCCCCCAAAUGGAAAUCACUCAGGUUCCUAGCUAUGUGCCUUCUCUGGCUACUGUGAUCCUCACUCAUCCUCUCUCUCAUCUCUCAUCCCUCUCUCUCUCUCUCUCUUUCUCUCUUUGUCUGUCUGUCUGUCUGUCUGUCUGUCUGUCUGUCUGUCUGUCUGUCUGUCUCUCGCUCUCUCUGUAUAGGUACCCUACUAAGGUCAGUCAACGGGUUCCAGAGAAACGUUAUGAGAACCCAGUAACUGACUACCCUCCUAACAACAGAGUCAGUGCUGUCAAGGAUGCUGCCCCGAGGAACAUCAACACUGCUACAGGUGAGGCCUCUAUGCCUGUGUCACACACAAGAUACACUGGCAUAGGCCUACAGUAUAUCGUCUCUCACUGAAGAAGGUUUGUAUAGAUUGGAGUCGAUUAUCCAGCCCCUUCUACAAUCUGCUGAUUCAUUUAAGUGAUGUACUUUACCUUCUGUCUCCCUCUCUCUCCCCUAAGAACACCCUCUCUCUCCCCUAAAAACACAUCACAUUUAAGCAGAAUGUAGACGUGUCACCUGAACCAAAUGCAAUGUAAAUUAAAUGUUUUCUGAAUGAAGUGCGACAUACAUUUGUCAGUUGCAUUUGUGAUUAGCUUGGAGACAAGCCUGGUAGUAUUAAUCAAGCAGAAUGGAAAUCAAAAGCACUGUUCUCUUCUUUUAUUUCCCAUUUUCUACAUUCUCAAUCAAUCAUCUACAGGAACAUAGAGAUGUGCCUGGCGGCUCCAGCUCUCCCACAGAGAGGAUGAGGGAGGGAGGGAGGGAGGGAGGGUGGCUGUACAAUGACACAGAUAUGCAGAUCAAAAAGUCACAUACAUUUCACUCUGCUUACAGCCAUCACUUCAGUUAGAGUUGGCCCUAUGUUCUGCAGUGAGCCGCUGUAAAGAUGUAGGCCUAUGGGUUUCAGUAGCAAUAUCAGUCUACCAGAACCAGUGUGCAUUUGCCAGACACCAUCAUUUUUAGAUUUCUUCAUUCAUUCAGAACCACAAUGACAUUUCAGCUGUUUCAUGCUUCUGUCUCAAAGAUAAUUCUGGAAUCAAUCCAUUUAAAGCAGCUUGCAUAACGUACAGCAUUCAGAGCAGUUACAGAAUAAAGAAAGAGUGCACAAUCAUCAUGCAUCAUGCAUACAGUAGAUAAGCAUUAUGUACUGUAAGUAUACAGUUGUUUGGGAGUAGACCAAGUGCUGAAAACUACUUUUCAAUGGGGAUAAAUAAUCCAAUUUUCCCUGAAUCCAUUCCUGAAUUUCAAUUAGAGCGCGGCUCCACUGUAAAGCAGAGAUAGAGCUUCUGGCUAUGGCCUCACAAAUUAAUUCCAGUCAAAAUUGCUCUCAUUUAAUAACAAUCUUUAUAGAAUUACAUUAGAAUGACAUGGAAACCAUUGAAAUUGUCUAUAGAAAGGGGCAAUUUUGAGUCCAUUACUUAAGCCUGACAGCAGUUAAACAUUUCCCACAGACACUCAUAAACCUGACCGUUAGGGCAAUAAAAGCCAGUAUUACAGCUGUCAGCCGCUAGGAAGAAGGCCUUGAUUGGGGCCAGCUUUGUCUGGCCUGUCAUUUAUUUUAUCAGGAAGAAAAUAUUGAUCAAUACUUCCCUGUGCCCCACUCCCCCUGCCUCUUACUCGUAGACUCACUUGUUCUCCCCUGACUAUCCCACACACUUUUAUCAAAUAUCUUUUUUUCCUACAGUUUUUCCUGCUAUAUUGCUAUAUCCCUCUUUUUUGUAUCAUGGCAGACAAAACAUUCUCGUUGCAGAAUCUGUCUGUGCUCUCUCUUCACUGAUCAGAGAAUACCUUGCCAGUCAAAGUGCUCAAUUUAAACAUUCACACUGAUCAGUUUUGUGGAACUGCCUCCUUGCAGGAGUAUAUGACACUAUGGGAGAAAUUUUGUUUUUAAAUGAGCCAUUGUUCAUUGUUCAAUGUUACCUGAGGCAAGCCACACUCCAUGCAUUUUGACAAUUGUGUGCUUGUGCUUGUGUGUGUGAGUGUGCAGGCACCAGUGCGUGGAAUGAAAAUGUUCCUUGCUCACAGCCUAUCUGCGACUGCCAUAUGUUAGACAGUAUGGUGAGGCAGCUGCACAUGGAGAUGGCUGUCUGUUGUUAGCAUGGCCAGUCAGGAAUAAUGACUGCUCUCCUGCAUAUGACAGAGAGUAUGCUCAAACAGCUUGGACAGCCAUUCAGCCAUUCAGCCCCAACUGACCAAAUGUGCCUGCUAUGUGCAUGCUUCAAAGGUCUCUAUGGUUAUGGCUGGUAGUUCCAAAAUGCCGCAGCUCCUCUAAGCUCUGUGCUUCUGUGGUAAGCUCAUCCACACAGGGGGAAGUGUCAUCCUCUAAUUGGCUUGGCACCUUGAGAGGUGAUGAUUUUAAAGAGCAGAAAGCCCUUUUCCACCACUAAUUGGUUGUGUUGCAUCACAUGGAGGGGAGAAGAAUGGAAUAAUUAAUAUUAUUUGCCUACCUGUUCAUUUCUGCCUCACUGAGGCCUCCUAUCACAGGGCUUCUCAGUGUGUUUCAUUCUAUUGUCAUUGUCGUCCCUGCUGGGCCUUCACAGCACACACUAAUAUCCAGGGUGACUUACAAAGGCAAAGCUAAUCACAAGAGCCAAGUGCGCUAGGAUAGAAUGUGUUAUUUCUUUCUACACAGAGCUGAGGCACUAGGUAUAUAUUUCAACGUCAAACCUUGAAUAGUCAUGAUUUUUCCUGAUUAACAAAUUGUAUUCCCUAUUUAUCAGACCUGGUUGGAACUCUUUAUUUGCAUCACAUAUUCAUAGACUCUGGAGCAAAAGAUCUGUACCAUAAAAUGUGUUGAAUGCUGGGAGUGUGUUGGCAUCAGGUGUUGUAUGCUCUGUUCUAUCAGGGGUGGUGGAGGUGAGGAAAGAGACGCUGGAGGCACAAAUCAACCGACUGGCUGAGCUGAUUGGACGCCUUGAGAACAAGGUAAGAACCCCCACCCUGCUCAAAAAAAUGACACUGAACAAAAAUACAAACGCAACAUGUAAAGUGUUGGUCCCAUGUUUCAUGAGCUGAAAUAAAAGAUCCCAGAAAUGUUCCAUUUGCACAAAAAGCUUAUUUCUCUCAAAUGUUAUGCCCAAAUGUGUUUACAUCCCUGUUAGUGAGCAUUUCUCCUUUGCCAAGAUAAUCCAUCCACCUGACAGGUGUGGCAUAUCAAGAAGCUGAUUAAACAGCAUGAUCAUUACACAGGUUCAUCUUGUGCUGGGGACAAUAAAAGGCCACUCUAAAAUGUGCAGUUUUGUCACACAACACAAUGCCACCAAUGUCUCAAGUUUUGAGGGAGUAUGCAAUUGGCAUGCUGACUGCAGGAAUGUCCACCAGAGCUGUUGCCAGAGAAUUGAAUGUUAAUUUCUCUACCAUUCGUCGUUUGAGAGAAUUUGGCAGUACGUCCAACAGGCCUCACAACCACAGACCAUGUGUAACCACGCCAGCCCAGGACCUCCACCUCCACAUCGCUUCUUCACCUGCGGGAUCGUCUGAGACCAGCUACCUGGACAGCUGAUGAAACUGGGUCUGCACAAACUGUCAGAAACCAUCUCAGGGAAGCUCAUCUGCGUGCUCGUCAUCCGCACCAGGGUCUUGACCUGACUGCGGAUUGGCAUCGUAACCGACUUCAGUGGGCAAAUGCUCACCUUCGAUGGCCACUGGCACGCUGGAGAAGUGUGCACUUCACGGAUGAAUCCUGGUUUCAACUGUAUCGGGCAGAUGGCAGACAGAGUGUAUGGUGUCGUGUGGGCGAGCGGUUUGCUGAUGUCAAUGUUGUGAACAGAGUGCCCCAUGGUGGCGGUGGGGUUAUGGUAUGGGCAGGCAUAAGCUACGGACAAUGAACACAAUUGCAUUUUAUCGAUGGCAAUUUGAAUGCAUAGAGAUACUGUGACGAGAUCCUGAGGCCCAUUGUCAUGCCAUUCAUCUGCCGCCAUCACCUCAUGUUUCAGCAUGAUAAUGCACGGCCCCGUACCGCAAGGAUCUGUACACAAUUCCUGGAAGCUGAAAGUGUCCCAGUUCUUCUAUGGCCUGCAUACUCACCAGAUAUGUCACCCAUUGAGCAUGUUUGGGAUGCUCUGCAUCGACGUGUACAACAGCGUGUUCCAGUUCCCGCCAAUAUCCAGCAAUUUCGCAUAGCCAUCGAAGAAGAGUGGGGCAACAUUCCACAGGCCACAAUCAACAGCCUGAUCAAUUCUAUGCGAAGGAGAUGUGUUGCGCUGCAGGAGGCAAAUGGUGGUCACACCAGAUACUGACUGGUUUUCUGAUCCAUGCCCCUAACUAAUGAAUGUAUUUCAAUUGACUGUUUUCCUCAUAUGAACUGUAACUCAGUAAAGAAUUUGAAAUUGUUGCAUGUUGUAUAAUCUUGGAAAUUGCAGUUUGUAUUUUCUUCUUCGCCAUGAUCAGCUCAGAAAUUGAUGAAUACAAACUUGAAAUCACUGAUUAUCAUGACAAUUUAGCCCACUGAUUGAAACUCCUGGACAGCAGUCGUGAGUAGCUUAAUUUCAUUCCACAGGCUAUUGUCCAUUUUACUUUGGCCUGUCCUGUUUAUAGGGUUUGGUGUGUUUGUUAACAUGUUAAUUCAUAUUCACAUCGAAGCCCAUUUUUAUUUGAUAGGAUGCCAUUUAGGCUAUUUAAUCAGAAACACUCAUGAUGUAAAAAGUGUCUGUCUCAUGACAUUAUCAUACAUUUGGUCACCCUGUAGGCUACAGAAAAGGCCACAGAGGCUUUAUAGUAUUUCUACUGUAUAGGCUGCUACAUGAUUUGUGUUAGAUGACUUUGACAGAGAGUUGGUGAAGCGUUGGUGGAGUGCCGCAGCGCUGCAUCUCUCCAACAGUACCAUGGAGAGGUGCACUGGGCAUGGACAAGAUCAAUAUUUUGCACCCCUGCCUUUGGCAAAGUGGGCACUGCUUAUCAUGGGGCAGCAUCAGCACUCACCUUAAUAGCCCAUACAGUGAGGGAAAAAAGUAUUUGAUCCCCUGCUGAUUUUGUACAUUUGCCCACUGACAAAGACAUGAUCAGUCUAUAAUUUUAAUGGUAGGUUUAUUUGAACAGUGAGAGACAGAAUAACAACAAAAAAAUCCAGAAAAACGCAUGUCAAAAAUGUUAUAAAUUGAUUUGCAUUGUAAUGAGGGAAAUAAGUAUUUGACCCCUCUGCAAAACAUGACUUAGUACUUGGUGGCAAAACCCUUGUUGGCAAUCACAGAGGUCAGACGUUUCUUGUAGUUGGCCACCAGGUUUGCACACAUCUCAGGAGGGAUUUUGUCCCACUCCUCUUUGCAGAUCUUCUCCAAGUCAUUAAGGUUUCGAGGCUGACGUUUGGCUGACGUUUGAACCUUCAGCUCCCUCCACAGACUUUCUAUGGGAUUAAGGUCUGGAGACUGACUAGGCCACUCCAGGACCUUAAUGUGCUUAUUCUUGAGCCACUCCUUUGUUGCCUUGGCCGUGUGUUUUGGGUCAUUGUCAUGCUGGAAUACCCAUCCACGACCCAUUUUCAAUGCCCUGGCUGAGGGAAGGAGGUUCUCACCCAAGAUUUGACGGUACAUGGCCCCGUCCAUCGUCCCUUUGAUGCAGUGAAGUUGUCCUGUCCCCUUAGCAGAAAAACACCCCCAAAGCAUAAUGUUUCCACCUCCAUGUUUGACGGUAGGGAUGGUGUUCUUGGGGUCAUAGGCAGCAUUCCUCCUCCUCCAAACACGGCGAGUUUUGUUGAUGCCAAAGAGCUCGAUUUUGGUCUCAUCUGACCACAACACUUUCACCCAGUUCUCCUCUGAAUCAUUCAGAUGUUCAUUGGCAAACUUCAGACGGCCCUGUAUAUGUGCUUUCUUGAGCAGGGGGACCUUGCGGGCACUGCAGCAUUUCAGUCCUUCACAGCGUAGUGUGUUACCAAUUGUUUUCUUGGUGACUAUGGUCCCAGCUGCCUUGAGAUCAUUGACAAGAUCCUCCCGUGUAGUUCUGGGCUGAUUCCUCACUGUUCUCAUGAUCAUUGCAACUCCACGAGGUGAGAUCUUCCAUGGAGCCCCAGGCUGAGGGAGAUUGACAGUUAUUUUGUUUCUUCCAUUUGCGAAUAUUCGCACCAACUGUUGUCACCUUCUCACCAAGCUACUUGGCGAUGGUCUUGUAGCCCAUUCCAGCCUUGUGUAGGUCUACAAUCUUGUCCCUGACAUCCUAGGAGAGCUCUUUGGUCUUGGCCAUGGUGGAGAGUUUGGAUUCUGAUUGAUUGAUUUCUUCUGUGGACAGGUGUCUUUUAUACAGGUAACAAACUGAGAUUAGGAGCACUCCCUUUAAGAGUGUGCUCCUAAUCUCAGCUUGUUACCUGUAUAAAAGACACAUGGGAUCCAGAAAUCUUCCUGAUUGAGAGGGGGUCAAAUACUUAUUUCCCUCAUUAAAAUGCAAAUCAAUUUAUUCAAUUUUUGACAUGCGUUUUUCUGAUUUUUGUUGUUGUUAUUCUGUCUCUCACUGUUCAAAUAAACCUACCAUUAAAAUUAUAGACUGAUAAUUUCUUUGUCAGUGGGCAAACAUACAAAAUCAGCAGGGGAUCAAAUACUUCCCUCACUGUAUGCCACUGGGUGAAUUAUGUUUCAAUUGUUUUGGGGCAGAAUUAUGUGUGGUGUUAUGUGUUGUUGGAGGUGCGUCUUGGUCAGUUUAGCUUGGGAAAUGCCACCCUCGUCAAUCUGCCGCCCUAGGAGGGUGCCUAAUCAUGCCUAAUGGGCGGGCCGGCCCCUCUAUCUCUAGUACAUCCUAUGGUGCCUCUUUAGUGCAUCUCCAACAACACAUCCAAUCUGUGCUGCACCUCACAGGCAGGGCUCUAAAUUGUAAAAAUGUAUUUGCAGCACUGGUGCUCCCUACUUUCUUUGACUUUUUAACCCUUUUUCGUGACACACUGCUCGCUUAACCCGGAAGCCAGCUGCACCAAUGUGUCGGAGGAAACACCGUACAACUGGCGACCGUGUCAGCGUGCAUGCGCCCGCCACAAGGAGUCGCUAGAGCGCGAUGGGACAAGGACAUCCCAGCCGGCCAAACCCUCCCUUAACCCGGACGAUGCUGGGCCAAUUGUACGCGGCCAGCUGCGAUACAGCCCGGGAUUGAACCCGGGUCUGUAGUGACGCCUCAAGCACUGCGAUGCAGUGCCUUAGACCGCUGCGACACUCGGGAGGCCCGGUGUUCCCUACUUUAAAAAACUAGGAGCACAACAUAACAUUUUGUAGUACCAGAAAAUACGAUUUGUUACAUGUUCAAUUUUGGUCCUUACUGAACACUUCUCGUUUUUGUUUCUACUUGGUAUUUUUGCACUCACUUGGUUUCCCAGGUUCCAGUUUUUUGGCCCUCCAGGCCUGACAUUGAACAGCCCAGGCCUAUAUGAAUUCUAGCUACUUCUGAAGCACAUGCUGUGCCUUAGAAACUAAUUUGUAACCCUGUAAAUACAUUUUGUUUAUUAUAAAAAUAAAUAAAAUCUUAAUACAAAUACCUGUCAUUGAAAUUAAAAAUACAUUUGUGGAAUGUUAGGUUUCUACAUUAUGUAAAAGCACAAAUUUGAGAUGCAUUACAUUGAAAAUUGUACAGCCUUUUUAAAAGUGUCAAGUUUGUGACUACAACAUGCAAGAGAUCAGUCAUUCAUUAAUUCAUUGCUAUGAUCAUUGAUCUCCUGAAGAAGCUAUCCCUUUUCCUUUCUUACUGUGCCCCCAAAUGUUUGGAUAUACUACUGGUAAAGUUAUCAGGUUGCUAGCUAGCUAGCUAAUGGCGUAAUUAACUUGACUGAACAAGAUGAAAUAAAAUAAAAGGUUAAGGGCCACAAAGUCCAAAUUGUCUAUAUCGUACAAUACCUUGAAAAUUCAUAAUUUAAAGUUAGAUUAAGGCUUAAGGUUAGCAGUGUGGUUAAAGUUAAGGUUAGUGUUAGGUUUAAAAUCAGAUUUUAAGAAAAUAAAUUGUAUUGGUUUUUGACUUUGUGGCUGUGGUAACUAGUGACGACCCUUUAAAACGGCCCUCGACAUGGUUUAUGAACGUAAAAUGCGCCCCCCCAAAAAAAAUCCGCGAUAGGAAGAUGGGGGGAAGGGGAGGGAUGAGAGAAGAGCACGAGGGAGAGAGAAAGAAAGAGACAAAGGAAGCAAUUAUAGAGCCCUGACUUCCAAACUAUUGCAAUAUGUCUUGCUAUUUCUUUCACCCAUCCCUCCCUCUCUCCCUAGCACUCUUCUCCCCCCUCAUGCCCUCUCCCCUUCUCCACGCUGUCUUCCCUCACUCAUUCCCUCACUCUCUCUCUGUGUCUCUCUCUCUUUCAUUCUCGCUCCUCUCUCUCUCACUCGCUCUCCUCUUUGUCUCUCUCCGUUGCCCAUGUCUUGUAUGCAGUGAGCAUGGUAGACUAAUGGAGUCUCCAGUUAAUUCUGUUGUAUCUGGCAGGCAGGCGAGUUCUUAUUGCAGCAGCUAAGAAUAGCUGAAUAGGUUUAUUCCACGCUUGAUGAAGCGCCCCUGAGAGAACAAGGAAGGCGCUGUCAGAUCCCAGUGAAGAUUCCUAAAGGGAGGAUUUCUGGGUCUUCCCAGGCAGACCUUCUGUGUCACAGGGCUAGGAACUAUCCUGGAGCAGUCAACUGUACUGUACAUCUAUGGCGGGAUGGAUUUGGGGGGAUCAGACAAAUGUUCCCUCACAGAAAAUAUGUAUUUGCAGCGGGCUGCGCUGUUUGCCGCAAGUGCUUAUUAUCCAUGUUAUAAGAGAGGGACUACAAAUUAAUGGGUGUGAAAAAAUGUAUUACAAAAGGGUUUCGAACAGAGUGAGAAUUUUGUUUACUGGAUGCCGUUAUGACUAACAUGCAUUGCACAAAUUGAGUUGUCUUCUGCCUCACGAGAUCAAAGUAGUAGUCCCCUCAGCUAUUUCCAUGCUAUCUCCGUCUGUGAUUGUACUCAUGAAUGUACUUUUCUGGAUUUCUCUUGCAAACCAGGCAUAUGCUUUAAAUUGUUAGUCCUAUACAAUGUGACUUAUUUGCACACACUGAUCUAGUCAUUGUAUAUUACCUGCAGGAUGAUUUUAACCAGAGGUGACCUCAAGCCCAUCCCAGAUGUGUGAAGGAUCCUUGUCAUCAGAGCUCUUGUUGUCUGUAUAAUGCUGUGGAAUGCUGUAGAAUGCUUGCCUGCUGGUUCAGGAAGCAUCAUUUCCUUUCCCCGUUGUGUCAUUUUAAAUGCCUCAAUCACCGUGGCAACUGGAGCACCAGCAUGCUUUCUUUUUUUCUCCAGCAGCCCUCAUAUUGCUACAGAUGAAGGAUCUUAAUUUGAUCACUAUUUUGUUGCUGAGAAUUUUCCUGCACAGCAGGAAAUGCAAACUUGUAGUGUAUUUUCAAUAACCCAAAAUAUUGUGUUUUCACCUUUUUGAAGCUGGUGUACAAAACCGGAAGUAAAAGAUGCAAAAAAGAAACUUAAGAACGAGAAGCAUUGAAAUAGCGCACAUAGAACAGAUCUACUGCUUCUUAGACUUGCUUUCAAUGAGAAUGACAGAUCUAUAAUGCACAUUUCUAUGUGAAUUUGGUCAGGUCGCCCAAAAAGUUACAUAUUGCAGCUUCAAUUAUAAUCCACAUAAUAAUUCACAUUUCCUGUUGCUGCAGGAUUCUUUUUCUGCUGUAAUUUAGCAAACUGGCUCAAAUUAAGAUCUUACAUCUGUACAGUAUCUGGUGCUGAAUGAAAGAAAAUCCAGGGUCUCAACCCACAUUCAGACACAUCUGCGUUAAGUCUGCUCGUCAUUAUGCACCAAUAUGCACUCAGUAAGACAUUUGUGGGAAGGAUACUGCUAUACAAUACAGUGUUUAACUCCACUCCCACCGGAAAGAUGAGAGUAACUUCAGAAACACCACAGAAUGUGAAUUCUACAUGAGUUUUCAAUAGUUUCAGUCCAUAACGUACUCAUCACAGUUUGUCUCAUGUAAUGUAUUGGCUCUGUCCUAUGUGGCCUGCUGUAGACUAGGCUUCAGAUGAAUAGGCCACAGAAUGCCUGCAUUGCUAAUGCCAUUGGGCUCCCGAGUGGUGCAGCGGUCUAAGGCACUGCAUCUCAGUGCUUGAGGCGUCACUACAGACCCCCUGGUUAGAUUCCAGGCUGUAUCACAACCGGCCGUGAUUGGGAAUCCCAUAGGGCGGCGCACAAUUUGCCCAGCGUCGUCCGUGUUUGGCUGGUGUAGGCCGUCAUUGUAAAUAAGAAUUUGUUCUUAACUGGCUUGCCUAGUUAAAUAAAGGUAAAAUAAAUAAAUAAAUUGUAACUUGACUCAGUUGAUCCAGCCCACUUUCUCCUAUCACUGCUUUGGAUUGGAUGUAAAGGAAAACUGAACCCAAAAACAAUAUUUUGGUUUUUGUUUCAUUAGUCCAUUGUUGAUAUAGUACCAAAAUGUUUUGCAUAUCAUCAAGUUUUCAAGAUAAAUAACUUUCAAAAUACAGAAAUAUAGCCGGUAGGAUGCUGUCUUUCUGUAUUUUUUAAGUAAUACAUUUUGAAAAUGUCAGGAUCGUCAGGAAUAGAUGAGGACCAAGGCGCAGCGUUGCAGGCUAACAUACUCUUUAUUACGAGACACGAUCAAAACAACAAACGAUACGUGACAGUUCACGGUCUACCAUAAACAGACUAGAAACAAAACACAUGAUCUACACACCCUGGCUCAACAUAACAGUGUCCCCAGAGCCAGGGCGUGACAGUACCCCCCCCUAAAGGCGCGGACUCCGACCGCGUCAACCAAAUACCACAGGGGAGGGACCGGGUGGGCACUCCGCCUAGGCGGCGGAUGGGCACUCCGCCUCCGGGCCGAGCCGGGCUGACGAAGCGCACCACUGACUUGGUGCGGGGAGCAGGAACGGGCCGAGCCGGGCUGACGAAGCGCACCACUGACUUGGUGCGGGGAGCAGGAACGGGCCGAGCCGGGCUGACGAAGCGCACCACUGACUUGGUGCGGGGAGCAGGAACGGGCCGAGCCGGGCUGACGAAGCGCACCACUGACUUGGUGCGGGGAGCAGGAACGGGCCGAGCUGGGCUGACGAAGCGCACCACUGACUUGGUGCGGGGAGCAGGAACGGGCCGAGCCGGGCUGACGAAGCGCACCACUGACUUGGUGCGGGGAGCAGGAACGGGCCGAGCCGGGCUGACGAAGCGCACCACUGACUUGGUGCGGGGAGCAGGAACGGGCCGAGCCGGGCUGACGAAGCGCACCACUGACUUGGUGCGGGGAGCAGGAACGGGCCGAGCCGGGCUGACGAAGCGCACCACUGAUUUGGUGCGGGGAGCAGGAACAGACCGGACCGUACUGGGGACACACACCACUGGCCCUACACCGGGAUCUGGAACGGGCCGGACCGGACUGGUAACACACCCCAGUACCUCUCGCCGUGCCUCUACACCUUCCAUCCCCUCUUCGACCAGUGGCCCCCGUAACCUGGCGGCCUCCUCUGCCAACCCGCUGGACCGCUCUAUCGCGGCCUCCUGCUGCCCCGACGUCGUGAGCCCCCCCCUAAAAAAAUUCUGGGGGUCUCUCCUCCCCGUGGGCCAGGCCUCUAUAGUUCUCGCCCAACUCUCGCUCUUCUGCCUCCAACUCCCGCUAUUCAGCUCCUCAAUUGGCUUGACCCAGUCGAAGCUCUUCCUCCAUUGUUCCCAAGUCCACUCUCUCUGCUCUUCACUCGGCUUGACCCAGUCGAGGCUGCCACGGAGAUCUGCUAGGGAUCUCCCUGGCGAUGGCUCCUCGACUCGCUGCUUGGUCCAGUUGUGGUGGGAUUUUCUGUCAGGAUCGUCAGGAAUAGAUGAGGACCAAGGCGCAGCGUUGCAGGCAAACAUACUCUUUACAAAACAACAAACGAUACGUGACAGUUCACGGUCUACCAUAAACAGACUAGAAACAAAACACAUGAUCUACACACCCUGGCUCAACAUAACAGUGUCCCCAGAGCCAGGGCGUGACAGAAAACUUCAUUACUGACAUUCAAAAUAUUUUGGGACUAUGUCAUCAAUGGACUAAUGAAACAAAUACCAAAAUAUCGUUUUUGGGUAUAAUUUUCCUUUUAUGAUGUGAUGGGAAAUAUAGCUCUGUAAUACAGUGAUGGGUUUUUCUGGGCUUUACAUUUUCUUGCGGUCGGAGAUGCGCAUCUCUGAUUAAGAUCUCUGUGAUUCGAUAUUAAAUAUGAUCUAAGGCCCUUCCACAUUAUACUAUGUGAUAGCCACCCUCUCUGUAGUGUAACAUUUUCCUCUACAUAUCUGUGAGUAUAUUAGCUAGCUAAACGAUAUAGCGUGUCACAGUAUUCAAGCCAGAUUUCUGCUCAAAUACAAAGCAAGCCUUUCCUUCAUUACAUAAAAAAUAUGUUCUAGAAACAAAUAGGAGGAUAGUUUGACAGUUUGAAGGGAACUCCAUUGUUAACUGUAAUAAAGCAGCAAUAAAAUAAUAAUUCAUGACCACCUUAGUUACUGCAGUUUUUAUUAACUUCUCAACUAGAAGCUAACUACUGGAACUACACACUACUUUUUUUGCAAAAAUAAAAUAUAGAUGAAGUAGGCAAGAAUUUCCUUUAUUUUUCAGCAUCAGACCUGCCUAAUUCUGUCUUGAAACACUUUUUGUGUACCUAAUUCUCACUUUUUGUGUUUAAUAGGCUAAAUUACACAUUGUGUUAACAUCUGACUCCAGAGUGAUUUGUUCUUGCAAUUUGUAGUCUAUGACAUUUCAGAUUUAGAUAUGAUAAUUUUUCACUAAGUAGUUUGGAUACAGUGAACUACUUUUUCAAAGUAACUUUAGAUAAGUAAACUGUUUUUUUAUUAAGGGUAGCUGUAGUGUAGCUUAACUUAUUUCAGUGUAAAUUGAUUGGUAGCUUGGUAAACUAUAUAUUCAGAGUAGCUUCCCCAAAACUGAUAUUCAUUCAUGAAGGCAAGUCUUGAGUCUGAUUAAAAGAAACAUGCAUUAUUUCUGUACAGUUGCAAAUAAGACAUGGGAGGUGGAAUAAACCUGCCCACCUGGGUGUGUGCAGUGCAGAGUAGGGUUCCUCUGUUCCACUGUUCCAGUGCAGUUUAGGGUUAACACUAAUCCACUUGUGGUUCUUGUGUUUUGGUUCUUGUUGCAGACAGUUUGGUUUGACCUGCAUCAGAGGCUAACAGACACUGAUGGCACAGCCAGCGCA